AUGUUGUUAUUAUUCCAGGAAGAGGGCACGGGGCGAAGCACUGAACUGCGUCAACAAUUGUUUUUAUGAUACAUUCGGAUUUCAGCUGCUUUUCAACAUGUCAACUUGCUACUGCUGAGUAAUCUAUGGCACUCUUCCUGGACAGGACUUUAUUAAGCACCAACAUGGACACAUCAAACUUUGCCCAUGUCAUCUUCCAGAAUGUGGGGAAGAGUUACAUGCCCCAUGCUGCUGUGGAGUGCCACUAUACACUGACGCAGUUCAUCAAACCACAUCCAAAGGACUGGGUUGGCAUAUUCAAGGUUGGUUGGAGCACAGCGAGGGACUAUUACACAUUCUUGUGGUCGCCUCUCCCAGAGAGAUAUGUGGAAGGCACCGCAGUCAACCGAACAGCGGUCUUUCAGGGAUAUUAUGUUCCCCACGAUGAUGCCGAGUUCUACCAGUUCUGUUACGUGACCCACAAAGGAGAGAUCAGGGGAGCCAGCACGCCAUUCCAGUUCCGUGCCAACAGCUCUUCAGAGGAUGAGCUGCUGACUGUGGAGGAUGAAUGCAACUCUGACAUCCUGGUGGUCACCACCAAGGCUAGCUUCUUUCAGCAAAAGAUGGAGGAAGCCCAGAGAGAUAGAGAGGAGCUGGUCAAACACACGACCCUCCUGCAGCACGAGAAGGAGCAGCUGGACGCUGAGAAGGAGAGCCUGCAGAAGGAGUGUGAGCAGGAGAAAGAAACCUGUGCCGAGCUGAGAAGAGAGAGCCAAGAUUUGCAGAAUUCUUGCCAGGCCUUGCAAGAAGAGAAAGAGGAAGUAAAGGGGAGGCUGGAGGAGGCCACGGCCAAGGUUAUACAGUUGGAGGAGGAUCUGAAUGGAGUCACACAGAAGGGUCUACAAAAGGAAACGGAGCUGGACAGUCUCAAGGAUAGAGUGAAGAAACUCACAGCAGAGAAGGAGGCACUUGAAUCUCAUCUCAAGAAUGAGAAAGAUGAGAAGGAACUCUAUAAGAUUCAUCUGAAAAACCGGGAGCUGGAGAACACUAAACUGAGUGCAGAGCUGCAGAUGCUGAAGUCUGUGGAUCUGAACAAGGAAAACACAAUCGCCCAGUUCAAAGAGGAGGUGGGACGGCUGCAGGCGUGCCUCACUGAGAAGGACAAACAGUACAGAGAAAUCCUGGCCAAGGUUCCUCCCAUGGGAGAUAUGAAGGCCAUGAAGGAGAAGCUGCGGCAGAAGGAAGAGCAGCUCCAGGCCAACCAGCAGCAGUCCUCCUCGUUAGCCGCGGAGUUGAGGGACGCCUCCAGCACCCGCGACCGGACCAUGUCUGAACUCUACCACAUGAAGCUGGAGGCCGAUGCCCUUCGCCAGGCGAUGGCUGAAGCUCAGGCUCACUGCGUGCGCCUGGAGCGCCUGGUAGAGCAGAUGAAGGCAGCGGAGGCCAAAAAGGAAGCGGCUAAAUCAGAAGAAGACGAAGCGGCUGGAGACCCAGCUGUUCUCGCAGAGCUGCAGAGAGAGGUGGAGGAUCUGAAGCUGCGGCUGCACAUGGCUGCAGAACACUACAAGGAGAAAUACAAGGAGUGUCAGCGACUGCAAAAACAUGUGCUCAGGCUCUCCGACCAGCAAGGAGGGGAUCUGAAGAGAAGCUCAGCACCAGAGGCCUCAACAAUACCGGUGUCAGUGAGUCCAGACAUAUCAGUGCCAGGGAGUCCAGGUUCUGCUGAUCCCAUGUUGGAAGCCAUCAUCCAGGAAAAGCUCAAAGGAUUCACCAGAGAGGCUUCCGAUAGGAAUGACAAGUACAGGAAAUGCAGGCAGAUGCUGGUGGAGGAGAAGGAGCGUAGCUGCAUGUUUGCUGAUGAGCUGACCAAGAUGGAGGUGAAAUUUAAGGCACAACUGAAGAUGAAUGAGAACAUGAAACUGCAGUUGGCAUCAGAGGAAGAUCGCUACAAGAGCCAGGUAGCUGAGAAGGGACGGGAGCUGAAGGAGCUGAAGGACACACUAGCACUUGUGGUGAAGGAGAAGGAAAAAGUGGAGGGGGAGCUCCAGAAGGGCAGCAGCAGUAGCAGCAGCAGCAGCAGUAGCAGCAGGAAGGGCGAUCAAGACGGCAGCGAGAAAACCAGCUUGGAGAGUAUCCAGUCCAGUGUGCCGAUAUUCCUGCAGUACCCUGUCCCUUACACCCAGGAUGCACCCACCCCCCUGCUGGUCUCUCAGAGCCCCAGCAAGCUGCAUUUUGGGAACCCUUACGCCAUCUCACACUCAAAAGAUGAGGAAGAUGAGGAGUUCUCAGAUGACCAGCUGCUUAGGCUGCCCCCUGUGGGCCCGCCCUCCUGGGACAGUAAUGUGGUGUGUAUCCAACCCACCCGCAACCACAGCCGGCCAGAAGGCCGCGAGGAGUCCGAGGAAAAGCAAAACAACAACAACAAUGGUAAUACCAGCGAACAGCCCACAGCAGCUGAAACUCACAGCCCAUUUGUGAGUGAUGGACAAACUGCCUUCUGCUUUGAUCCCAGCAUGGACAUGAAGCGAUGUCCGCUGUGUGAGGUCAUCUUCCCACCCAACUAUGACCAGAGCAAGUUCGAGGUGCAUGUGGAGAGCCACUGGAAAAUCUGCCCCAUGUGCAGCGAGCAGUUCCCGCUGGACUGCGACCAGAAGGUGUUUGAGAAUCAUGUGCUCACCCACUUUGACGGUCACCCGCUCAACUUUGAGUAGAAAAACGAACACAAAAUCAGCACAUCCGGUCUGCCUACUUCCUGUGGCCACUGAAUUAAAUCACCCUGCACUUUUUUCUGCAUGUAAUGGUGUGAAGAUCCAUUCUUUAGGACUUCACCGACUUUCGCUUUGUUACUUCGACUUAGUGAAACUCUUUGAAGUGAUGUGACAUUUUUAAAUGACAUUCUAAUUCAGUGUAUAUGGCGGGGCUGCUGAAUUUACAUUUUCUUUUAUAGGUGAAAGGUUUCCCGUCAUUUGGAUUUGAAGAAUAAUUUAAGGGGAUAUGACUGUUCUACCUAUACGGACUUUAAAUUGACUCACACAGAUCUGUCAGACUACAGGAUGUAACGAAUCAGGGAAAGAGAUAAGUGUUUACCAAACUUACAUUUAAAAUAUCCAUCCAAAUGAUUCCCCCCUUAAACAUCACUGUACAAGUCAUUUAUUCAUUCUUUUUAGAAAGCAGCCUUGGUGUGCAAUAUGCAGUCAGGGAGAAAUCUUCAGUGAUUAUAUUUAGACAUGAUAAUACAGAACAUCAGAUCAUCUAUUUUAGAAUUAAAAGCCAAUGAUUUUAUGAAGUCAGAUACUUUGUGUAUGAUAUAUAUUUGUUUUAUGUUGGGUUUCCUUUGUCUUGAUUUAGAAUAUUUCUUGGUUUCUUUGUCAGAUCCUUCAUAUCAUCAGCUCAUCCGUGCAUGCUCAGCUUAUGUUAAAUGUCCUUUUUCUGUUCUUCUCUUUUACAGUCAUAACUUAAUACAUUCAUAGAAAUGUUUCAUUUGUUAAGUGAGUCUCAUGUAUCUUAUAAGAACUAAUAAAGUCUUGUUUGAAUCUGAA